AUGUAUGAUUCAAAUAAUAAGUUUCUUGAUGAAGUAUUGAUUAAUAUGAGGUUGUUACUUUAUAAUAUUUAGCUAAUAGUUUUAAAUUGAUUAAAGUAGAAUAAAUAAGUCUUUUAUAUUAUAAUUAAAAUUGUGAAGCAUUUUUGUAGGAUACUUUGGGAGAUAAAUUUUAAACUUUAAAGUUAAAAUGAAUUAAAUCUUGAGAAAUUAUGGAAUGAUGAAUUAAUUGAUUUUAAUGCAGAAGAGGAGAAAGUAAAAUAGAUAUAAUUUAUUGAAAAUCCAAAAAUUACUACUGGCUAAUAAGCAAUCAAAUUGAACUAGCUUUUGAAAAAUAAUUAAAUAUAAAUUUCUCCAAAGCCUUGA